AUUAAGAUAAAUUGCAUGUAACAUUUUUUAGUUUUGAACUCUUCUGCUCUCUCUGUUUGGUUCCUGGGUAAGGAAAAUAAAGGACUAAGGUAUUUUCUCACUGGAUGUGGUAGUAGCUUAAUUAAUCAUGUCUUCAAAGGGACAGAAAUUUGUGAGGUUUGAAGAUUGGAGGUCAGAGUCAUCUCUAAGUAUUGAGCAGAAAGAUUCUACUAGUGAUGGAUUUCUUAAAAGAAAAGUUAAAUCAAGUCCAGUAAAUGAUGGUUCAACAGAAAAACUGGCUUCUAGGUGCAAGGUGCUUGAUCCACAAGGUUCACUACUUCAGAAAUGGAACAAAAUUUUUGUAAUAACCUGUGUGAUGGCAAUCUCUGUGGACCCUUUGUUCUUUUACAUCCCUGUGAUUGAUGACAAGAGGAAGUGCCUUGAUUUGGAUGGAGCACUGAAGAUUACUGCUGGUGUUUUUCGCACGUUCUUUGAUCUUUUCUACAUUCUUCGCAUCAUCUUUCAGUUUCGAACCGGGUUCAUUGCCCCUUCUUCACGUGUAUUUGGAAGGGGUGAGCUGGUUGAUGAUCCUCGAGCCAUAGUGAUGAGAUACUUGAGUUCUCACUUCAUCAUUGACAUUCUAUCAAUUAUUCCACUUCCUCAGAUGGUCAUUUUAGCUCUUAUUCCAAUCCCAAAAUGCUCAGCUCCAUAUCUGGAAAAGGAUUUGUUGAAGUAUACAGUAAUAGCUCAGUAUAUACCAAGACUUUUGAGGAUCUAUCCACUGUUCAAAGAAGUAACAAGCACUUCUGGCAUAUUGACUGAGACAGCCUGGGCUGGAGCUGCUUAUAAUCUUUUUCUCUAUAUGCUGGGAAGUCAUGUUGUUGGAGCUUUCUGGUAUCUGUUUUCAGUGGAAUCAGAGGUGCGGUGCUGGCGCCGGCUCUUGAAGAAUACUACAUACUCUCAUGAUUCCUACCUGAGCUGUGGACAAGGCAAUCCCAUUGUUCUAUCGCUUCUCAAUAGCUCUACUUCUUGCCCUUACAUUGAUCCUGAUGACAUUGAAGACCCAACAGUUUACAAUUUUGGGAUAUUUAUAGAAGCUCUAAAGUCUCGCGUGGUGGAGUCGACUGCUGACUUUCAUCAGAAGUUCUUCUACUGCUUUUGGUGGGGUUUGAGAAAUGUAAGCUCUGUUGGGCAAAACCUCAAGACAAGUACUUAUGUUGGAGAGAUAUUCUUUGCUAUCUUCAUUGCCACCUUUGGAUUGGUGCUAUUUGCACUACUUAUUGGAAACAUGCAGAAAUUUCUACAAUCUACAACUGUUAGAGUUGAAGAGAUGAGAAUCAAAAGGCGGGACGCAGAACAGUGGAUGUGCCACCGUAUGCUACCUGACUUCUUGAAGGAAAGAAUUAGAAGGUAUGAACAAUACAAAUGGCAAGAAAAUAGAGGUGUUGAAGAGGAGACGUUAAUUCGCAACCUCCCCAAAGAUCUUAGAAGGGACAUCAGGCGUCAUCUUUGCUUAGAUUUACUUAAAAAAGUGCCAAUGUUUGAGAACAUGGAUAACCAAUUGUUGGAUGCAAUGUGUGAUAGACUAAAGCCAGUCCUUUACACAGAGAAAAGUUCCAUAGUUCGUGAAGGAGAUCCAGUUGAUGAAAUGCUCUUCAUUAUGCGUGGAAAAAUUGCUACUGCCACAACAAAUGGUGGAAGAACUGGUUUCUUCAACUCCUCUGUACUAAAGGCCGGUGACUUCUGUGGAGAAGAGCUUCUAACAUGGGCCUUGGAUCCAAACACCUCCUCAAACCUACCCAUUUCAACUAGAACAGUGGAAACUAUUUCAGAAGUUGAAGCCUUUGCUCUCAUGCCUGAUGACUUGAAGUUUGUUACUUCCCAAUUUCGACGCCUUAUAAACAGCAACCAACUCCAGCACACUUUCAGGUUCUACUCCUUACAAUGGAGGACAUGGGCUGCCUGUUUCAUACAAGCAGCUUGGCGUAGAUGCAGGAAAAAGAAGACUGAGAGGUUAUUACGUGAAGCAGAAGAAAGGCUAGAUGGUUUUGAGAGUGAGGCAGGGUCCUCACCAAGCUUUGUAUCCACCGUAUUUGCAUCAAGGUUUGUAUCGAAUGUGCGGCCCAUGCGAAGUGGCAAACGCAUGCGCAACAAAAUGCCACAGACACAGAGACUACUACCCUUGCUGCCUCAGAAGCCAUCUGAUUUCACUGCACAAAAAGACUAGGGGUGUUGUAGACUGUAAUUUUGAUUGCAAGUUUAAUUUGUUUUAUUGGCACAACGAAGAAACUUAUCACAUGUGGGGCUCAAGAGCAAUAUAUAUGUUCGUUGAAAAAUUGUGUAAUGUGAAUUAGAGUACAAUGGUAUUAUUGGAUUGCAGAAA